GUGCGCUCGGGCGCUCGGCUAUGUAUAGAGGAGCAACCCUUCUGCUCUGCUGCCCAAUUCCAACUCAGCUUUGACUGCUCUUGCAUUGCUUGCUGCUCAGUUUCUUUCCCCCCCUGUUCCUCCUCCUCUUCUUCUCCCACCUCGGCGCCUGCUUCGGCAACUGCGAGCGAGAUGGAGGUGAGCCAAGAGCCCAAGAAUGCGCAAGACGACUGCAAGUGGCGCCAGAUCCCGGCGUUCGGCGACUGGAACCUGUGGGACGACAUGCCCGUCACCCAGUACUUCCAGGCAGGGACCUUCUUCUUCGCCGCGCCGGCCGAGAAGGACGACGAGGAUCUCUUCAAGGUGCCCCAGUUCCCUGCCAAGCCCUACAGCUACAAGAAGUGCGUUGUUCGAGUGAAGGGGGAGAAAGAAACUGCUGUACCACCGGCGAGGAAGGGAGGCAGGAGGCGCUACGUGAACGAGCAGCAGAAGUGGAAGCCCAAGGGAGCUGUGGUGGACGAGGACCUGUACAAGAUUUCCCCGCAGCUUCUCUGCAAGGUGAAGAAGAAGAAGCUGCUGAGGAAUUUGCUGGGAGGGUGCCUGGGCCUGAGCUGCAUCGCCUGAGAGAUGCAGAGCUUAAUAAGUUUCUGGGGAGUUUGCUUGGUUGGUGCUCUGGAGAGUUGUAUAGUGUCUACGCUAAUAUGGAAUUAAUGGAAACUUACUACUGCUUUUGCACUCGUUUGAAUGUAACACUUGCAUUCCAUC